AAGAUGAUGUUCUGUUUGGUUCAGGGAAUAGGUGAGCGUACGGUUGGAAUUUAUGUAAAAAAAGUAGUCGAUGGUGGAGUAGCGCAACGUGAUGGAAGACUUGAAUCAGGUGAUCAGUUGUUAUCAGUUAAUAACCAGUCGCUUAUCGGAAUUAGUCAAGAACAGCGAGAUGAGUUGAAUGAACAGCUCGAUCGUCUAGAAGCAAUAGGAGCUGCAAUGACAGAACAAGAACGUAAGCUAUAUCGCCAGCUUGUUAACGAAUUGGCUCGAAUUCGUGAACCUUUGAAUUAUAACUUAACGAGUCAGAUUGCUUUAAAGACGAAUGCGAAUGUAAAUGAUGAUGUGAAUCGGUUUUUGAAUUGGUCAGUUUCUAAUCAAUCACCGUCCAUUGAUUCGAUUCGGCCGACAAAUUCAUCUAGCUCGCAAUCUGUUCAUAGUCAACAAUGGUCUGUUAGCCCAUCGUGUUCGCCAACUGAUUUACCACCUGCAAUUCAUCUUCAACGACCAGAACACCUUAUAUUAACAAAUAAAGCUAAUUGGGAUAUUGAUCGAGCUAAUCUUGGUUUCCGUGAUAAAAUGAAGCUUUUCGCAGAACAAAUUGGCGAGAAAACUCCAAAAAAUCGUUUGAAGGCUUCCUCAGCUGAGCGAGAAAUCGAGCAAAUAGACGAAAACUUCAUCUAA